GAGAGUCCUGCACAGGAGGAGGAAGAAUCAUCUGCUGCAGCUUCAGUCCAGGAUGAGGACCUCCAGCAGCUCCUGGAGGAGCUUAUCGCAGAGAGAGAGGAGGCGCACCAACUAAACAAGCAGCUACAGAUGAGGCUGGUGGAGUAUUUCCACAACGAACCCAUUGAUGGAGGCCGGCUUCAGAGAGGCAGGCCAGAGGAGGAGCAGCUACAGGAGUAUGAUAAGAACAUCCAGAUCCUGUGUGAGCUGAAGCUGCAGCUCAGCACUGCUUCACAGGCAGCCCAGCAGGAGGCGGAGGAGCUGAGGUUACAGUCCCAAGAGAAGGUGGACAAGGUUGAAGAAGAAUGGGAGGCGUUCAUGGCUCUAAAGCAGGAUGUUGCUGUAAAAACGCUGAGCCGUCGCCUGGGGAAAGAUCUGGCCCUUUCCAAGGUGCGGUCAGUCCUGCAAAGAGAGCGGCUCCGGGAGAACGAACUAACAAAGCUCCGUAGGAAGCACUUCAAGCUGAGAUCCAGGAUCUGCAGGCUGGAGGCUGAGCUCCACGAGGGGCGCGAGCGUGGGGAGGAUUCCCUGCAGAUCCAGUUUGAGCAGCUGCAGGCCAAGAUGCUGGAGCAGAGGAAACAGGCUGAAAAGGAAUGGGAAGAAUCCCUGAAGCUGCAGAAGAAGAUCGCCAGCUGCUUGGAGGUCCUGUCAAACAUAAAAGAGAAGCUGUACUGGAGCCAGAUGGAGGUCCAAGCCAAGCGAGAACGGCUGGCAGAGUUAGAGGCCAUGGUGGCCGAGAAGAGGGUCCUCCUGAUCCAAACCAAGCAGGCACGAAACCAACUACAGAGAGACAACCAGAGGCUGAAGGACAGGCGUGGUCUCCUAGGAAACAGGGAGCUGCUAUGGGAUUUCGAGCAAACCUUGGACACCUCGGAGCGUUUGGAGAAGCAGCUGGAGAGUUUAAAGUCAGAACAAGCUGAGAUUACCUUCAAAUGCGGCAAAGCUGAGACACAAGCCAGAAGGACCUUUAAAAAAUAACAUAAACCAGUUUUUAUUCAUAAAGAUUAUAAUUAUUUUAGGUGAAAAACAUGAACUUUGCCCAGGGGCAGAUUUAGGAAAUUUGGGGUCCCAGGAGAAGACAAAACAUAAAACAGACCCAUUCUACAGAUAGAGAAAUGUUAAUAGAAUAGACAUCCAUUAUUAGUUCUAGG